GACCAUUUUCAACAUACCUAAAAGGAUGGAUGAUGACAUUCCAAAUCCCAAUGAUUACUUGUUUAAUUCUGGUGGUCGAGUUAUUGGGAAGGAGGUCAGCAUUCGCCUUGAUGACAAAAGCUUAAAACAAGCUCAUCGCUACAUUUUGCUUCACUCUGAUGAGAUAAAAGGGGAUCUGGAUGAAUUUUUAACCGAGAAACGUCAAAUGAACUUACAAAAUCCUGUCACGGAGAGUGAUGAAAGUAACUGGAUCAUCAAUGAGUUUGGAGGGUGGCUGCAAAAUAAGGUACAUUACAUAGAUGCAACCACCGAAGAUGGGAAACUAAGAAAAGCUUUGGCGGGUGGUUUGCAUUCUUAUGGUAGAAAAUUAAAAGGAUACAUAAUCAAUGGAUACAAAUUCCUUUCCACGGAUCGCGAUUCUCGUCUUUUGACACAAAAUUCUGGAAUUAUGGUCGAAGCGGAUGGAGAUGCCUACUAUGAAAAAGUGAAAGAUAUCUAUGAAUUAGAUUAUUACGGAGAUUACAAAGUUGUAUUGUUUCGUUGUGAUUGGGUAGACAUUCAUAGGGGUGUAAAAGCAUAUCCAAAUGGCGGAGUAUGUGUCAAUUUCUCUAAAUUGAUGCAUUCUGGACGAUUGUUGCAAGAUGAUCCAUUUGUAUUCUCAUCUCAAGCAAAACAAGUUUUUUACAUAGAAGAUGAGAUACAAAAGGGAUGGUUGCAUGUUGUUAAGAACAAGCCUAGAGAUGUGUUUGAUUUAGGGGAUUCUUUACCAGUAGAGGAAGAGGGUGGGACCAAUUGAUCAUGCUUAUUUUUUAUUGUUUUGCUUUGGAUUUGUAUUUG